GGAGGGGAGGAGCGGAGGGCGGGCGCCAGUGCCGAGCCGACGAGCGUUGCCUGGGACCGAGCCUUGGCAUUUGUCGCGGGAGCCUGAGCAGGGGAAGCAGCGCGGCGCCCCGAGGAGGAGUAGCGGCGGUAGAAGGAGGAGGCGGCGAAGUCAGAGGUGGCGGAGGAGCCGAGCUCGGCCCGGGCGUGCCCCGCUCCCCCUGAAUGACGGGCGGCAGGUUCGACUUCGACGAUGGCGGCACCUACUGCGGCGGCUGGGAGGAGGGCAAAGCCCACGGGCACGGCAUUUGCACCGGGCCCAAAGGGCAGGGCGAGUACGCGGGCUCGUGGGCGCACGGCUUCGAGGUGGUGGGCACGUACACCUGGCCCAGCGGCAAUACCUACCACGGCUAUUGGGCGCAGGGCAAACGCCACGGGCUGGGCGUGGAGACGAAGGGCAAGUGGAUGUACCGCGGCGAGUGGUCGCACGGCUUCAAGGGCCGCUACGGCGUGCGCCAGAGCCUCACCACCCCGGCCCGCUACGAGGGCACCUGGAGCAACGGGCUGCAGGACGGCUACGGCGUCGAGACCUACGGGGACGGAGGUACGUACCAGGGACAAUGGACAGGAGGGAUGAGACAUGGCUAUGGUAUGCGGCAAAGUGUUCCUUACGGCAUGGCGACGGUGAUCCGUUCACCCCUCCGGACAUCUCUAUCUUCACUCCGUAGCGAGCAGAGCAAUGGCACUGUUCUACAUGACAUUACUUCGGACAGUCCAGCUGGAACAAGAGGAGGGUUUGUGCUAAAUUUUCACAGUGAUCUUGAAGGUAUUGGUAGUAAGAAAAAAGGAGGCUUGUUCAGAAGAGGAUCCCUUCUUGGUAGUAUAAAACUUAGAAAAUCUGAAUCAAAAUCAUCAAUUUCUAGCAAACGUAGCUCUGUCAGGAGUGAUGCUGCUAUGAGCAGGAUUAGUUCUAGUGAUGCCAAUUCUACUAUUAGUUUCGGAGAUGGCGAUUGCGAUUAUUGCCCAGUAGAAGACCACGUAGAUGCCACCACAACAGAAACGUACAUGGGAGAAUGGAAGAAUGACAAGCGUAGUGGUUUUGGUAUUAGCGAGCGCUCAAAUGGUAUGAAAUACGAAGGGGAGUGGCUAAACAAUAAGAGACAUGGAUAUGGAUGUACCAUGUUUCCAGAUGGCACCAAGGAAGAGGGAAAGUACAAAAACAAUGUUUUGGUCCGUGGAAUAAGGAAGCAGCUUAUACCAAUAAGGAACACAAAAACUAAAGAAAAAGUGGAACGAGCACUCGAGGGCGCCCAGCGUGCAGCUGCCAUGUCAAGAACUAAAGUGGAAAUUGCAAGUUCAAGGACUGCACAUGCAAGAGCAAAAGCCGAUGCUUCUGAUCAAGCUGCCCAGUCUGCUCGUCAGGAGUGCGAUAUUGCCAGAGCCGUCGCCAGAGACCUUUCCCCAGGUUUCUACCAACCAGGUCCUGAUUAUAUCAAACAACGAUUUCAAGAAGGCGCAGAUGUUAAGGAAAACCCUGAAGAAAAGGCUAAGGAAAAGCCACCUACACCAAAAGAAUCUCCUCACUUUUAUCGAAAAGGCACUACACCUCCUGGGACUCCAGAACGGAGCCCUAGGGAAAGUCCACUCCUCUCUAGUGAGCCUUCCCCUGUAAAACAAGGCAAAAAGCAAAACUCCACCUCAGAAGUCAGACUUAUUCAAGAAAAAAAGAAUUUAGCCAGUGAAACUAUAACACCGGUAGUCAACAAACCUCUUUAUUCAAAAGUACCUGUGAAGGAGGAAGUGAUGGUAAAGCACCAGCCAAAGUUAUCACCCCGCCACAAUCCUAGCAGCACAGAGAAUGGAGAGUUGCAUGAUCAUUACCAUGGCUAUUAUGUGAAAGCAAAUCCAACCAUGUAUCCAUUUGAGCUCGGGGAAGACGAGGACCAUACCAACCCAUCUUCAGCACUUGCAUUAGUAAAAGCUCAGAAGCCAAGCCCCGACAGAUCUGGGAUUCAGUUAGAUGCCAAAGAAUCAUUAAAGAAGCCUGAAUCUGCUUCACCAAAGAAUCCUGCUAAUAACGACUUCUAUUCUUCAGUGGAAAGAGAGGUCAAUUUGGGUCCUAAUUCAAUCAUGAUUGCCCUGGUAAUGCUGUUGAAUAUUGGUUUAGCCAUACUUUUUGUCCAUUUUCUAACUUGAUUGGAAUUAGGAAAGUGAAGUCAUGACAACUAGUGGCGUAAGCCCACAAUUCUCGGCAGUUGUGUCAUCAGCCUUUUAAAUGGCACGAGUCAUGUUCAGACACAGGGAAGGAGGCAUGGAAUUAGGAUGGGACACAAGAGAGAUGAAACUUGGAAAACUCAGCCAAGGGGCUUUGAGGUCCCCUUUGAGGAAGCAAGCAGCCAUGUUGGGGGAAAAACCACGCCCGUACAUACAUAAGCUUGCUGAAGCAACCCAACAAGUAAAGUGUGUUGGUUACUCCAUCUGUUCCAGAAGAGAGUGUGACUAAACUGGAAAUGUACGGAGCUGCACUUUUGUUGAUGGAAGCUAACAGCUGCCUUACUAUUUUGCCGUCUGAUGUUUUUGGUGGGGGAGAUGGGAAAGCGACUGCCAGAGGAAUGUGGUCAGAGGAUUCUGUUGCUGUGGAAGCGAUUCCAGUAUUCACUCCUAUCUCAUUAGAAGAAAUAGUUAGCAGCAUCACUCACCAGUCUUAUUCCAUUACCUGCUGCUUUUAAAAUCUCUUUGCCGUUUUCUGGGAGAUUGUGUUUCAUUUGCUUAUGCAUGAUUCUGUUCAUUUACUAUUUAUUUUAAACCUAUGUACAGCCAUAAUAUAAUAAUGUAAUCCAACCUGGAAAACGUCACUAGUUUUUAACCCUGCAUCAGAAAAAUGAAAUUAAAGCCUAUAGUAUAUGUGCAGUAUAGACCUUUUCUUGGAAGGAUUAAUUUCUUCAUAGCACUUUUUUUUAACUUAAGCCGGUAAAGUCAUCUUCCGCUUAAGGGUUUGCAGGCAAUAUGCAACAAUGUUUUAAGCCAUCGUUUGUAUCUUCUUUGUGGAAGUGGCAAGCAAAAUUAUUUUAAAUGCUGCAAGAUUCAUCGGGCUGUAUCAGCAAAUUGGAUGAGAAAGGUAGAAUAUUUGAGAAGGGUUGUGCCACUCAGUGAUUUGGAUCUUAUUUCAAUAUUGAAAGAAAUUACUGAUAUUUAAAGUCUUGCCUGCUUGCACAAUGGAAGCUGUUGAUUAAACUUAUAAAUGAUGUUUUUUAAAGAUCAAGCUUCAUGUUGAAUACAUUCAGGUAGAGCAUUUAAGUCUGUUAAAAAUGACUGAUUAUCAGUUUGAUGCCUUUAAUGUUGUUAAAAUGAGUCUGUAAUCUUACCUCAGCCAGUUAAAACUUAAGCCUCAAACUUUCAUUUGGACUCUUUGUCUUAACUAGAUUUACAGUCUUGUGUUUUGAUGAUGUGAUUCAUGUUUUUUUUCUCCACCCCACUAUAAUUACUGUAUUCCAUAAUACUCAAAAGCAUGUUUGUUUACUCAGAGCAAGAUUGUACAUGGUGUGGUCAGUUUGAAAGUCAGCAUUUUAAUUAGAAAUAGAAAGUCAAGGGCUUGGGUUUUGUUUUUAACUCUUAGAAAAGAAUAUUUUUCCAGCUUUUAAUCCUGUUUGUAAAUUAUUAUUAUUAUUAUUAUUAUUAUUAUUAUCAUCAUCAUCAUUAUUAGCAUGGUUUAAUGGAGAGCUUUCCUGAUAACUACAUUAGCUACUGUAAGAAGCAGCCCACCAAGUGGAAAUGAGUAAGGAGUUAAUCUUGUAGCCUGGAGAUGCUCAGUGCAGGACAGUAACACAAAUGGCAUUUUUUGCAGAAGUGGGUUGAGAAUCCUAUGUUUUGACCAGUGUGGAAUCAAGAAGAAAACAGAAAGGCAGAAAAUGAAAAUGUAACAGCGUUUGUUUGUGAAGGAAGUAAGGAAAAACAAGUUUACUUCUAAAUUUAGAAAAGUAAUUAAUUGAGAAUCAGGUUUUUAAAUUGUCCUAUAUAAACUUUCUUAUCUACCAUUUAGCCCAGUUAAGUUAUUGAUUAAACUAAUUUUGUAACUGAUAUUCAAAUAUUAUUACACGUGUAUUUAAAAAUCUUUUAAAAAUGGCUUUUGAAAAUGUUUAUAAAUUUAAGCAUGUUAGCUCCAUUUAUAAAUAUGUAUGAUUUAUAAGCUUUUUUAAAAACAAAGCUUCAAUCAAAAAAUGUUGGUAUUUUUCUAAAAUGUGCACAACUGUAUUUUACAUAAAAGACUAUUUAUAGUUGGUUGUAUAGUGUACACUACAUUUUGGACAGCUCUUAAGUCUGCCAAUGUACUUAAUGAUAUGUCACUUUGUCUAUUUAAAAUUUCUUGCUGUGAAUGAACUCUUUAUCUAAUGAGCUUCUUUAUUUAUAAUUCUGGAAUCCAAAACAGAUAAUGUACAGUUUUCAUAACUGUAUUUACUCUAAUAAAAAGGAAUUCAUUA